GCCGAGAGAGAACUUUUAUUAGGAGUAUCCCGUCUUCUUUGGUGUUUUAGAAUAGAAAAUGCAUCACCAUUAGAUAAGGGUGGUAAGCCAAUACCAAUUAAUUUAGAUAAAGCACAUUUUGCUAUUACUGUUUGGCCCGAGGACUAUCAUAUUAGAUUAGUAAAAAGACAUGAUAAUGUCGAAAGG